UUCAUCCCAAAGUCCAGUCCAGUCCAGAUAUCACACAAUACAACACAACACUGCCCAGCUCACAGCCCGGUGCAGAACAGCACAGCACAGCAGAGGACAGCACAGCACAGUAGAGCCAUGGUGGUGGACUUCAAUGGGACCUGGGAGAUGGAGAAGAGUGACAACUUUGAUGACUACCUGAAGGCGCUGAACAUCGAUUUUGCCACCCGCAAGAUUGCAUGCGCCCUUAGCCAGACAAAAGUCUUAAUUCAGGAAGGCAACUUAAUGACAGUCAAGACCCUCAGCACUUUCAGAAACUACGAGCUCACCUUCACCAUUGGAGAAGAGAUGGACGAGCACACCAAAGGACUGGACAACAGGGUGGUCAAGGCCCUGGUGAAUUGGGAGGGAGACCGGCUGGUGUGCACCCAGAAGGGGGAAAAGGCCAACCGGGGCUGGAAGCAUUGGAUAGAUGAUGGUAAACUGGUUCUGGAGCUGACGUGCGAGGACAAGGUCUGCAGACAGGUGUUCAAGAGGAAGGCUUGAGCUUGAUCUCUCACUGAUUAUGAAGGACAUCACCACCAGGAACUCAUCUAUUGGGAUUUCCUGAAUGCAAGGACAUAUGUACAUUCUGCUGUAUAUAUCAGUAUGUAUAGAACAGUAAGAUGAUAGCAUACGUGAGCUACAAUUCAAGUCUGUGUAAAAUACAUAUCCAUUUAGUCAAGUCCAUUCAGGUUAGUGUACUUCAUUCAAAAUGCAAAUAUUUGUGCAGUUAAUGGGAUUUUUGAAUAAAUAAUGUCUAUGUUGUGA